CACAACAAUUUAUGGCCGAUAAACUGAAUAAUCUGUAUUGACCGGGCAAUUUUUCACUUUCCAAGUAGAUAUUAAUAAAUUAGAGACUGUGUACAAAAUUAAAAAAAAAAUCGAUGCGUGUGGCUGCUUUUUUGUGGCGUCGGGUUCGCUUGCUGCUCAAUUGCUAGCUAGUUUUAUAGGCCGUUGCUACCGAUGAUGUCGGUAAAUUCUUAAGUCUGAUUUUUCGAGACUGAGGCAAUGGAGACUGAUUACCAACUUUACGUCGAGUCAUUGUCCGGAGUAUCAUCGGAUGACGAUGACAUCUCCACGGUGGAUAGUUCCGAUGAGGCCGUAGACAAUGAGGAGUCGCCAAAAACUAACAUGUACAAUCACCAAAUUCAAGUGCAGUCACGUACUAGAAAUUUGGUGCAAAUGUUGUUCGACAGAGAGCGAACAGGAUACUUCUCAGGUGCGUCGCGUGCUGGUCAAAAACAAAAGCUUCCCUAUGAUAAAGUGCCAAAUAGAUUAAAACUGUAUCUCAAGGAUGUAUUGGCUAGCAAUGCUGUGGAGGGGCAUAUAUUCAUGGGAUUGACUGCCUGUGGACAGUAUAUGAUCAGUCAUCGCGUUGUGUGCAACGACAACACGUCGCUCAAUCAUUACUCCUUUAAUGUGGGAUACAAAUACACUCUUUACUUUUGGCUCUUUCAACCUCAUAAAAAAUUGAGAUACUUCUUUUCACGCCGACUGUUUGAUGAUCAUGUGGUCGACAAUUUGAAAUCAGUGACGAUGACGCAAUGGAAGAAUGCAGAUAAGCAGAUUUUGGUGGUUCAUGGUGCCGCCACAGAAGAGAGCGAAGAAAGCUAUAUAACAUAUGUAAAAGUUCCUAAGCUUGGUUGUUUGGAGUGUAAAAAGUUAAACGACGACGGUCCCUAUUCCUUUUACAAUGCUCAUUGCCUGAAUUGCCAUUUAACGGUACACACUAAAUAUUCCUCAACGGAAACAGAUCCCCGAUUUGAACCGCAUCUGAAUCUUUUGUGUCCCGAAAGAAUUUUGAUUAUAUCGAAUGGCUUUAUGCAUAUGCUGCGCAUAGAUGUGGACACGCCGGUCGUAUCCAGCACAAUGAACAACAACUGCUUGCAUCAAUAUAACCUGCCUGCCUCGCAACAUCAGUUCUUGUUGCUGCCACGCACGCCGCUGACCAAUGAGGAAGAUCGCAAUUCUGUGCCAAUUACUGGAUCUGAGGCGGAUAGUGAGCACAGUGUGGUGGCGCGAAUAAUUGCGGAUUUCAGUGAUAUCGAAACGGAUCAUACUCAGCGAAGUAAUAAUAGCAUUAGUAACAACAACGAAAAUCAACAUCGCAUUAACAUAGAACAGAGUAGUGCCAGUUAUGAGAAACUCAUCUUAUCAUCCAACUGCAGUAGUAGUUUGACAGCGUCUAGCAUGACUCUGAUGGAAACCACCCUGCCAGUAUCAAUACAAUGCAAUGGAGUUGGCUCCAAUGAGUCCAGCCAAUCAAGGAAGCGGAAUCAGCGUAUAGUCACAAAGUCUUACCGCAAUGGAAUCACAACAAUUGAUGUUCAAAAUACACCAGCUUCGAGCUCCAUGACUGACAAGUCGAAUGCGUACGAGUUUUCAGAAGAUAACGAGAAGUGUGAGAAGAUUUCAAUAUUUCGAAAGCGACGACUCGCAGAUAAAAAGUAUGAGUUUUCCGAAGAUAAUUCUGAAAACAUUCUACCUUUUACCAAAAUUAGAUCGGCAGGACGUACAUUUAGUACCUCCACUGCCAGUUCCACGGCUCAACGCAGUAUACAUCGAUUUUCACCAACAGCACACUUUUUUCAUAACUCCCCAUGUGCUUCGCCUUCUUCUUCUCCGCAUCCAGCACAGUCUGCUCAUACUCCGCCUGCAGCACCACAUAUUGGAUUCCGCUCACCCCCAUCUAGCUCGAAUCUAAUGCGAUCGCCCAAUCGUAAUGCAAACACAGCCACUAUGGGUGGACAAAUCUACAACCAGAAGUCACCACCUCUUUCCCAAGCAACUCAACAGAUGCUAAACUAUAAGGCUGUUGGACCUUUGGGAGCACUAUCUCCACUACAGGUGUCCAUGGCUAAGCGCUUUGAGAUUGGCGGCUCCAUUUCCCCCAACGCGGGGAUGUCUUUUCUUUCGCCACGACGUGAUGAGCAGAGAAUUGUAGAAAUGCCAGUUCAAGGCGGUGUAAUGCCAGAAAUGCCGGUAUGCACCAAAAAACUGCAGCGUCGUUAUGUUGAUGAGGAUGAUGCGACCUCAGUGAUUACCAGUGAAGAGGACGAUUGCAUUUCCCCAGGCUAUCACACGUCGCUUCCAAUGGAGGUGCACGGUUCUUGUUACUCAGAAAUGCAAAUGAUUUCUCAAGCAUCAUACCAACGAUUACGAUGUAGCAGUGUCGUAGUAACGCAAAACUCUUUUGAUCUCGAAACUUUCACAUACUACGUCAUUAGUAUGAUCUGUCAAAAGCAUCAAAAAAUCUACAACGUAUUUUAUGAUUGGGCAUACGAAUUCAUAAAUGUAUGCCCGAUAAGCCAUACAAUCGCUUUUUUGCUAAUGGCACAAUUUUCGGCUAGAGAUCAGAUGCCAACAACUCCUACGAAUUGCCUCUACUGCACAGGUCGAAUGGGAUGUGUUUUUCAUAAUCGACAAUAUGAAUGUCGUAUUCUUUUCACCUGGAACAUGGAUAGCGGGCAAUGGCAGGUCCUUGAUUAUGGAGAGCUUAAGGAAAUGCACGAACUUUUCAGCCCACUUAAACGGUUGGGGAAGUCUCGCUUAACACUGGCACAAUUGGCUCGCCAAACGGCACAGGAAAUGACAGCCAGUUUAAAUGGUUUACCCGAUUAUUAUUCUAAUUUGCGAGUGCUCAAUUCGGAUAUGAAGAAAUCAAAAUCAUCCAUAUGUGAUCUAGAUAACAUGGUAGAGUUUCAUCUCAAACGCACAAACAACGAAAUGACCUAAGUCCAAGAAAAGCCCUACAACCACAUAGCAUUGGACACUCUUGUUUUUCUCAAAAUAUACACAUACAACUGCUCUAGUUCAGUUUUAAACAAUUUAUGGCUUUGUAUCUAGUUUUAAAUGAAUAAACCUUUGUGCAACGAAAUACUAUUGCAUA